AGGUAUUAUUUUAAUCGGCAAAAACCGCAAAAUAUCCAUAUUAUUGGAAAUUGUACAUGUAGUGAUUGAGAACGAUAAUUUAUAUUAUUUUAUAAUACAUUAGAAACGUAAAUACAUGAAAAAAGGAUGUUGUGCCAAUAUCACCUAGAAUCAAAUUAAAUAUCUUUGACCUAGAAUAUAAUCAUAUUGGUUGUGAUAAUACAGGGGGAUGUUCAAAAGUAGUAAAAAUAUUUUGCAGAAAUAGAUGAAAAAGAAUGUUGUCGGUUUCAAGACUUUGCACAUUAACUCCAAGAAUUUCAUCCCAAUUUUUAAACACAUCUUCAAAAAGCCUUUAUAAAAUUUCACCUAUAAGACGUCUGACUAAUAUAUCUUGUAGAAAACCACAAACUUUUUGGCAGAAUAACCUGAAGCUUUUAUCAAGAAGUAAUGGCACAGUACUUUUAAGACUCACAUCAAAUUCACCGCAGAAAAGUUCAAAAACUGUUGGAUAUUGGCUGUUAACAUGUAGCGGAAUGGUUUUUGUAGCUGUUAUUCUAGGGGGAGUAACACGUUUAACUGAAUCCGGGCUUUCAAUGGUAACAUGGAAAUUAUUAGGUGAAAAAAUGCCCAGGACGCAACAAGAAUGGGAGGAGGAGUUUGCCAAGUAUCAGCAAUAUCCCGAAUUUAAAUUAAAGAACCGAGAGAUGACGCUUUCUGAAUUCAAAUUCAUUUGGCAUAUGGAGUACGGACAUAGGCAAUGGGGUAGAUUGAUAGGGGUCGUAUUUUUGAUACCCGCUGUAUACUUCUGGGCUAGAGGCAGAUUUACGCCAGCCUUAAAGAAGAGAGUGUUGGCUUUUGGAGCCUUAAUCGGUUUGCAGGGUUUGAUGGGAUGGUAUAUGGUUAAGUCUGGUCUCGAAGAACGAUUUCACGGUGAAAAUGACGUACCGCGCGUUUCUCAGUACCGUCUAGCUAGUCAUUUGAGUCUCGCCUUUGUUCUGUAUACGCUGUUGUUAUGGUCCGCAUUUAACGAGUUGCUACCGGCCGAAACUCUCAAAGUUAGUACCGACGCAGUACUGAAAGCUACGCGAAAAUUUAGGAUGUUCGCGCAUACAACGAAAGGAAUGGUGUUCCUUACAGCAGUUUCAGGUGCUUUUGUGGCAGGAUUAGAUGCAGGUUUGGUAUACAAUUCUUUUCCCAAAAUGGCGGAUAAGUGGAUUCCCGACGAUAUCCUGGCAUACACACCCAAACUGGUUAAUUUUACGGAAAAUCCAACAACGGUCCAAUUCAAUCAUAGGAUUUUAGGAACUACAACUUUAGGUUUAAUUACAGCACUGUGGUAUUUAAGCAGAAAACGUAUUUUACCUAGGAGAGCGUACAUUGCAGCAAACGCCUUACUUCUUGCAGGAUAUUUACAGGUUGUUUUGGGUAUAACAACUUUACUCACCUAUGUACCCACUCCAGUAGCAGCCAGUCACCAAAGUGGCUCAUUAUUGGUCCUAUCUACAGCCAUAUGGCUAACCCAUGAACUAAAGCGAUUACCAAAAGCUAUCUAAAGAACCUUUAUUUUUUUAUUUUUGUAAAUCAACCCGAUGUUAUUAUUUUGUUGAAUUCGUGUUGUUAUUACUUGUUAGUAUUAUUUUAUAAGUCUGGUUAAGUUAAAUAAACAUUACAUUUAUAAA